UCCUCUCUUUUGUUUGGCACUCUCUGAGCCCAGUUCGCUCCUCCGCGCCUCGGUUUCAUAAAGUGUUUCUAGGAGACCGGCGCAUGCGGCUGCGCGCGUCCGCUAGGUUGGGGGCCGACUGGUGGGCGGGGUCGCGCCGUGCCGGGUGCAGUAACUUCGGUGGCUGUGACUUGCACGUCUGUCGCUGCCGCCGUCGCUUUUCUCUUAGGUUCAUGGUUCGCCCGUGAGGCAGGCUCUGGGGCCUUCCAUCCUAAGCGGCCUCGGGAUGGAGCAUAUUCGCACGACCAAGGUUGAACAGGUGAAAUUACUUGACCGGUUCAGCACAAGCAUCAAGUCAUUGACAGGAACACUCUACCUUACAGCAACACAUCUAUUAUUUAUAGAUUCUCUUCAGAAAGAAACUUGGAUAUUGCAUCAUCACAUUGCUGCAGUAGAGAAACUUGCUUUGACCACUUCUGGAUGUCCCCUUGUGAUUCAGUGUAAGAACUUCAGGACGGUGCACUUCAUUGUUCCACGAGAAAGAGAUUGCCAUGAUAUUUAUAACUCUUUGCUACAACUCUCAAGACAAGCAAAAUAUGAAGACCUCUAUGCAUUUUCUUAUAAUCCCAAGCAAAAUGAGGCUGAACGGGUGCAGGGUUGGCAACUCAUUGACUUGGCUGAGGAAUAUGGAAGAAUGGGAGUUCCCAAUGUAAACUGGCAGUUAUCUGAUGCAAAUCGAGACUACAAGAUUUGCGAAACCUAUCCCAGAGACCUUUAUGUUCCUACGAUAGCAAGUAAACCAGUAAUUGUUGGUAGUUCCAAGUUCCGGAGCAAAGGAAGAUUCCCAGUACUGUCAUAUUAUCACCAGGAUAAAGAGGCUGCCAUUUGCAGAUGCAGUCAACCUCUCUCAGGUUUCAGUGCCAGGUGUCUGGAGGAUGAACACAUGUUGCAAGUCAUCAGUAGAGCCAACCCAAGCAAUCCGUAUAUGUAUGUCAUGGAUACCAGACCUAAACUGAAUGCUAUGGCCAACAGAGCAGCUGGAAAAGGUUAUGAAAAUGAAGACAACUAUUCCAACAUUAGAUUCCAAUUUGUUGGAAUUGAAAAUAUUCACGUAAUGAGAUCUAGUUUGCAGAAAUUGUUAGAAGUCAAUGGGACAAAAGGUCUUUCUGUGAACGAUUUCUUUUCGGGUUUGGAGAGCUCUGGAUGGCUUCGCCACAUCAAAGCUGUCUUGGAUGCUGCUGUCUUCUUAGCCAAAGCAAUAGUGGUUGAAAGUGCAAGUGUGCUGGUCCAUUGCUCUGAUGGUUGGGACAGGACCUCUCAAGUUUGUUCCCUUGGUGCUCUCUUAUUGGAUUCCUAUUACAGAACAAUCAAAGGAUUCAUGGUUUUGAUAGAGAAGGACUGGAUCUCCUUUGGACAUAAAUUUUCAGAUAGGUGUGGCCAUUUGGAUGGUGACCCGAAGGAAGUUUCACCAGUGUUUACUCAGUUCUUGGAAUGUGUGUGGCAUUUGACAGAACAAUUUCCACAAGCUUUUGAAUACAAUGAAGCAUUUCUUCUUCAGAUUCAUGAGCAUGUCCAUUCAUGCCAGUUUGGAAACUUCCUUGGGAAUUGUCAAAAAGAAAGAGAAGAUCUCAAGUUGAAAGAGAAGACUUACUCCUUGUGGCCCUUUCUUUUAGAUGACCAAGAAAAGUACUUAAAUCCUUUCUACAGUCCAAAUUCUCAGAAAUUUACAGUACUAGAGCCUAAUACAGUGCCUUUCAACUUUAAGUUUUGGAGAAAUAUGUACCAUCAGUUUGAUCGAACAAUGCAUCCUAGGCAGUCUGUAUUUAAGCUGAUUAUGAACAUGAAUGAUCAAAAUAAACAACUAGAAAAAGAAAUUCGAGAACUAGAAUCUAAAAUCAAACACCAGAAAAACAGGCAACCUGAUACAGUUCUCACCAAGGAAUCUUUGCUCUCUAUCCAUCCUGACUCUUCAGCCCUCAAACCUUCCCUGUGUUUUAAGAAGGAGCAGACCCUGUUACCUGUGAAUGAUGCUAUUCGAACUAUAGAGGGCAGCAACACAGCAGACAAUCGCUAUAGUGAAUAUGCAGAAGAGUUUUCCAAAACUGAACCUGCAGUUGUCAGUUUGGAGUAUGGAGUAGCUAGGAUGACCUGUUAAUUAUCACAGCGAAAAGUAUUUCUUUUUGGACGGACUGAAAUACAAGAGAUGGAUUAUUGUAAGGAUGGUCUGUGCUGCAUGACCAAAAGCUAAUUUAUCUAAUGUUAGGUUUUAGAGUAGAACAGCAUGCAAAUAACUCUCUUGAGGGGAAUAAGUCAGGUGGAUUUUAUUUUUAGGAAGGGAUGACGUUUGUGAUAAAACGAGUAGUAUUUGGGGGAUAUUAAUAAAGAUGCAGUUUGCAAUGUAGCCUUGAAAAUUGAUGUUAGUUUAUGAUGUAUAUGUUCAUUAUAGCUAGAUGAUCCUAUGUUCCCAUGAACAUGAGUAACCUUAAUUUUAAUUGGGGAAAAAAAUCAACAAAAUGAUCUUUUAUUUACUCUGCAACUACAGUGACACAUGUACUUGUUCACAAAAAUAGAUUUGUACAGAAUUUGUCGACUACUAAUGUUUAAUGCUGAAGUACCAUGUUAAAUAUUCUGAACAGGGCCUUAAUACAAUUUUUUAACUUUGUCUUCCCCUUUAAUUUUUAUAGCUAAAACAUACACACACACACACACACACACACACACACACAUGUUACUUUUUUGGGGGAGUGGGGGGCAAUGGGAACCUUGUUUUGUUCUUAAGAACUUUCAUGUGAACAUAGAAUAUUGUAAUAAGUUCAUGGUCUGAGUAGUUUAAGAAUUACAAAGGUGUUAAAUCUAAAAUUAGUAAAAAUUGAAAAUUCUUCCAUUUCUCUUAUAUAUAACCACUUUAGAGCAUUUACAUGUUAUAGAUUAUUGGUUUCAAGUGCAUGUGCCAGGACAUUUAAGACUGUGGCUUGUAUGUAUCAAUUAUUGCAUUUCAUGAAUUAUCAGCUUGCUGUGGUAAAUUUUCUUCCUUUGGUAACAGUGUGUGAGGUAAAAAGAGCAAAAUGAUAAAAAGUGUGCCCUAUAAUACAUUUUUCUUCUUUAAAGAAAUAAUGAAAAGCACAUUAUAGACUUUCAUUGAAGAAAGGCCUUAUCCCUCAGUGUUUUGCUGGUUUGUCUAGCUUCAAGUUAAAACUAAAACUUUUAACAAUAAAAUAAGAGGUACACGCAGCUUAGGUUUUUCUUUACAAGCUUGAUUUUCAAAAAGUAAUUUACUUGUAUAUAGGAUAUAUUUUCUUCUCUUUUUAAUGAGAAGAGGGAAAACAGUAGGAAAAGACUUUAAUAAGAACAAAUUUUGAAAGGUUUCUUUGGUAAGUUUUAUAAGAGCUCAUUCAUAGCUAAAAUAAAAUUCUCCUUUAUUCUCCCCUAUUCCUAGCCUUUACAUGCUUCAUAUAAUCAUUACUGUAUGUUUCCCAAGUAGAAGGGAAAAGCAGUUUUCAAAACUGUACUACUAACAAAUGGUGAAUGCCUUAUUUUGAAUAGUAGUAUAAGCACAAAAAUCGGGAUCUGGUUAUGGUUCUCACAGUGUGUACCUUGUCAGGAUGUGGAAAAAAUAGUUUGAAUUAUCAUCUGUCUAUUAUUACAGAUUUAUUUCACCCCUCCAAGGAAGCACGGUCACAUACAAUUGCCAAUCUCAGCUAAUUAAAAUGCUCAAAAUCGGAGUUACAUGGGUGGCAUAAUUUAAGAUUGAAGGGUGUUGGGAAAGCUAUAUAGGAAACCUCAUGCUUUCUCCUGUUCCUGAAUCUGUUUGAUGAGUUUUGACCUUUCAGAAGCAUCUAAGUUUUUAAAAAGGAAAAAAAGCCUUAUUUUAUAGGAGAGUUUAUUAUGUAAUCCCUAAAUGUCUUUCCAGAGAACAUUACAUAAUAAAAAGAGUACUCCUUUAUAAACACUAGCAAAAAAUACUGCAUGUUCAGUUUGUUAGCAGUCUCCUCUCCCUUCCAACUAUAAGUUACAUUAGGUCAGGGAACAUAGUCAUUUUUGUAUCCGUUAACAAAGGGAAACUUUGGUGCCUUGUUACUUGCUGAUUUGGAUAUUGAAAUCUUUAAUGGCAAAUUUCUUGUAUUCAUUUUGCUGGUUCAUUAUUUUAAUCUUUAAACUGAGACAGUAUAUACAUAAAAAUCACUUAGCAUUCACAGUGUCCUACAAAGUACAUGUUGGUAAAAAUGAGAUUGUGUAUAUGUCUUGUAAAGUUAUCUUUGCAUUCCAUGUGUAUGGAAAUUAUAACAUGUAUAUUAUUUCAUAUAUAUUAUGUAGAGUUAAUUAAAUGUAUAAGUUCUAUUUUGAAAUCUUUCCUUUUUUAAUAAAAGUGCCAGUCUGCGCCAUUCCCUUUUCCCCAUGUAUGUUAACAUAGAAACAAAAGGAGCCAAUUAAAGAAUGAGGAAGA